UGCUGCCCGCCCCGGCGCACGGGGCUAACAAGGUGUUUGGCGACACGGACCAGGUGCGCAUGACGUCCGAAGGCUCGGACUGCCGGUGCAAGUGCAUCUUGAGGCCGCUCAGCAAGGACGCCUGCAGCCGCCUCAAGGAAGGCCGGGUGAGGGUGGAGGACUUCUACACGGUGGAGACGGUCAGCUCGGGGGCUGACUGCCGCUGCUCCUGCACCGCCCCGCCCGCCUCGCUCAACCCCUGCGAGAACGAGUGGAAGAUGGAGAAGCUGAAGAAGCAGGCGCCCGAGCUCCUCAAGCUGCAGUCCAUGGUGGAUCUGCUGGAAGGGACACUCUACAGCAUCGACAUGAUGAAAGUCCAUUCGUACAUCAACAAGGUGGUUGCGCAGAUGAACACGCUCGAGGAGACGAUCAAGACCAACCUGAGCCGCGAAAACGACUUCAUGAAGGAGAGCGUCGUGCACCUCAGCAACCAGAUGAAGCUCUACGAGAACUAUUCGGACAUCAUGAUGAGCAUCAAAAAGGACCUCUCCAGCCUGGGCUACCAGCUGCUGCAGAAAGAUGCAGCUGCGGUGCCUGAACACAGAGCCCAGAACACUGCCGGGGGGAAAGGCAGGGAGGUGGCCGGCAAGUAUGCGAGCCCUCGGAAGGGGCUAGGGGACAAGGCCGCUCCGAGGGUCCCCAAGGAGAAGCCCCCGAAAUCGGAGAAGCCAAGGAAAGAAGGCGCCAAAGGCCGGGCGGGCGCGGUGCAGCCCACGUCCAAGCCCCGAUCCUUGGGGCAGCAGCAAGCCGUGAUCCGGGGGAUCACUUACUACAAAGCCGGGCAUCGGGAAGAAGCAGAGGGGCUGGUGAGCAACCGCGAGACCCCCGCAAAAGGAGCCAUCUCUGCAGACCGGCUGGAGGAAGGCAAAAUUCCCGAGACCCGCCCAGCCCAGGAGGUCUCGCCAAAGGCAGCGGAAAGCCCCACCACGACGUCCAGUCCCAGCACUACCAGCACCACCCAGGCACCCAGCAGCACUGGGCCUCCCCGGACCAGCAGUCGGAGCCCGCCCUCUGGGGAGCACGGCAACAUCACGGAGGGCCCCUCCAGCACCAACAGUGUGCGCGAGGCGGAGUGCGAAGGUACCCUGGAGACAGUGGAACCCCCCGAGAAGCAGCACAGCUACGGGCGCAACGAGGGGGCCUGGAUGAAGGACCCCUCGGCCAAGGACGGCCGCAUCUACGUCACCAACUACUACUACGGGAACAGCCUGGUGGAAUUCCGUAACCUGGAGAAUUUCAAGCAGGGCCGCUGGAGUAACCUAUACAAGCUUCCCUACAACUGGAUUGGGACCGGUCACGUGGUGUUCCAGGGCGCCUUCUACUACAACCGGGCCUUCACCAAGAACAUCAUCAAGUACGACCUGCGGCAGCGCUUCGUGGCCGCCUGGUCCCAGCUGCACGACGUGGUCUACGAGGACACCACGCCGUGGAAGUGGCGCGGACACUCGGACAUCGACUUCGCCGUGGACGAGAGCGGCCUGUGGGUGAUCUACCCCUCCGCGGACUACGACUACUCCCAGCAGGAAGUCAUCGUGGUGAGCAAGCUGGAUCCCGCGGAUCUCUCCACGCGCCGGGAGACCACCUGGAAAACGGGCCUCAAGCGCAACUCCUACGGGAACUGCUUCCUCAUCUGCGGCAUCCUCUACGCCGUGGACGUGUACAACGCCAGGGAAGGGCAGGUCAUCUACGCCUACGACACCCACACGGGGACGGAGGCCAACCCCAAGCUGCUCUUCCUCAACGCGUUCUCCUUCACCACGCAGAUUGACUAUAACCCGAAGGAGAAAGUCCUCUACGCCUGGGACAACGGGCACCAGGUCACCUACCAGCUGCGCUUUGUUGUUUGAUCGACCGGGGGGGGGGGGCAAAGUGGAUU